AUGUGGGCACAAGUGUUGAUGACUUUGGCGUUUGCCAUGCCCAACAUCGUCGCUGCUAGUGGGACCAAUUGUAGUGGAACAUAUGCGCGAACGAUUCCUCCACAAGGUUCUCUAGUUGUCGAUGCCACGGACGAAUAUCCCGAAAGCUUCUCCAGCGUCAGUGCAGCCGUGGCCAACCUGAAUAAUGCCACUACAGACCAACAGACAAUCUUUAUCCUGCCGGGAGUAUAUUCAGAGCAGGUCUACAUCCCCUUCCUAGACGGCCCUCUCAUAAUCCAAGGCUACACCUGCGAUACACGCUCCUACGCCAGCAACUUCGCCACCCUAACCGGCAACCUCUCCCGGCAAACCCCCAACAUAACCAACAACGACGGGACCGCCACCCUGCGCCUGUGGUCCGCAAACGUCAAAGUCUACAACCUAAACAUAGCCAAUACCUUCGGUGAAGCCCUCUCCAACGGUCAGGCCCUAGCCCUUAGCGCGCAGGCAACCAACCAGGGGUUUUAUGGGUGCAACUUCACCGGCUACCAAGACACCAUCUACGCUAACGAGGGGCGACAAAUCUACGCCAAAUCGUACAUUAACGGCGCGAUAGAUUUCAUUUUUGGCCAACGAGCGGCCGCUUGGUUCGAGGGGUGUGAUAUCGAAACUAUAGGCAACGGAUACAUCACGGCUAAUGGAAGGGAGGCGGAGAACAAUACGAGUUUUUAUGUGUUUAACAGCUGCGCAGUAAAUGGGACGAGCGGGGUGAACUCGACGUAUUUGGGAAGGCCGUGGAGGCCGUAUAGUCGAGUUGUGUUUCAGGAGAGCCAUUUGGAGGAUGUGGUCAGCCCUGAGGGUUGGGUUCGGUGGGAUGAUACGCAGAGUUUGGAUAAUGUCUAUUAUCGCGAGUUUGGGAACAUGGGGCCGGGUGCUGCUGGGCCGAGGGCGAACUUUACUGCAUCGUUGGAUGAGCCGGUGAGGCUGGCGGAGGUUUUGGGCGAUGGGUUUGAGAGCGAGUGGUGGGUUCACAUGGAUUAUUUGUGA